CUUGGCUCUCCCAUUAUAGCACUACCCGCCUGUGCAAGCAACGGACCAAAUAUAAACUUCAGGGUGGGCAGACGGACAGACUUCAGUGGGGAGGAGUCUAUCGGAAAAGAGCAGGACAGACUGAAGGACAAACAGGCAGUGAAAGGGGAAGGAGACUAGGAGUCGAUCACUAAAGAAAAGAACAGACAAGCGAUCGUCUGUCGGACACGCGUGUGAGAUGGCAGCGUCUGCCUCGGCACGGGCGACACAGAGGGUCCUUGCCGCUGCUGCGCACGGAUCCCACGAGGGAGGAGGCACAGUGAAAACCUGGAAGAUGCUAUCGUUCCUCGUGGCCUUGCCUGGGGUGGCUGUGUGCAUGGUCAACGCUUACCUGAAGCAAACGUCCCACCCCUACGUGCCCACGGAGUUCGUGCCCUACCCACACCUGCGCAUCCGCACCAAGCCCUGGCCAUGGGGGGAUGGGAACCAUUCUCUUUUCCACAACCCUCACACCAACCCUCUUCCCACCGGUUAUGAGGACUCACACCACUGAAUGCAGCGCCCCCUGGUGUCCAAGUAUAACUGCACACCCUAAACCUUCCAAUCUGUUGCCCCAGUGCCUGUUCCAGCAUCUGAAUAAAAGCAACAGAAGUAAAAACUGAAUUUUUGUUUGACUAUAUGAAUAAAUCGUCAUUUCCUACCUGGAACUAUUUA